CAUCACCCAACAGCACCCAAGCAGAGCACAGCAGAGCAGAGCAUUCGGCUCCUCCAUUUCACGGCGUGAAGGCAGGGACACGGCGAGCAUGGGGUCGAGGUACGAGGUGGAGGUGACGGUGGGCUCGGCGCGGGACCUCAAGAACGUCAACUGGCGCAACGGCGACCUGCAGCCCUACGCCGUGCUCUGGGUCGACGACGGCCCCAAGUGCUCCUCCCGCGUCGACCUGGACAACGGCGAGAGCCCCGAGUGGGACGAGAAGCUCACCGUCCCGCUCCCGCCGUCCACCACCCGCCUCGAGGACGCGGUGCUCCACAUCGACGUCGUCCACGCCAACGCCGCCGAGGGCACCAAGCCGCUCGUGGGGUCCGCGCGCCUGCCGCUGCGCGACGUCCUCGACGACGCCGGGCUCGGCGGCCGAGCGUCCCGCUCGCUCCGCCUCAAGCGCCCCUCGGGCCGGCCCCAGGGCCGCGUCGACGUCCGCGUCGCCGUCCGCGAGACCGCCCGCUACUACGACCCCGCCUACCCGCCGCCCUACGGCCAGAGCCAGUCCCAGUCCCGCGACCCCUACGCGGCCCCGGCGCCGUACGGCUCGGGCGGGUACGGGUACGGCCAGCAGCAGCAGCCGUACGCCGCGCCGCCGUCCGGCUACCCGGCCGCCUACGGCGCGGCCGUGCCCCCGCAGCCCGCCGGGUACCCUGCCGCCUACGGCGCUGCUGCUCCUGCCCCCGCGUACGGGUCGGGCGGGUACGGGUCGGGGUCGGUGAAUGACCCUGCGAAGAAGAAGGGGAUGGGGAUGGGGGCGGGGCUGGCGGUGGGCGCGGCGGCGGGGGUGCUGGGCGGGCUGGCGCUGGCGGAAGGGGCGAGCUACCUGGAGGACAAGUUCGAGGACGACGUGGCGGAGAAGGUGGAGGACGACCUGGCGGGCGGCGGCUACGACGACGACGACUACUAGUCGAGAAAAUGAGACCGAGAGAUUGUUGUAUGCGCCAUUAUCUUCUUUGCUAUUUGGACUGAAUAAACACGCCAAAAAAAUUAACAACGAGUGUAGCAAUACAUCGAAUUGAAAUGUUCUUUGUUCCUUCCUUC